GCUCAUUACUCUGCAAACUCACGCACACGCACACACACACACACACACACACACACACACACACACACACACACACACACACACACACACACAGAUAUCUCAAAUGGGGAUGUUUUUGCCUCAUAUUUGGACAGUCCUGGCUGUUCUAACAGCACUUUCUACAGUUUCAGGCUCAAACAUAUGUACCUCCAGAGGUGUUGGAACCUGCAAAGAAUGUUUGUCCGUUCAUCCGUCUUGCGCUUGGUGUUCUCAGAAAGACAUGGAUCCCAGCAGCUCCAGUGUUUCCCGUUGUGACCUAAAGUCCAUCUUGCUCCAGUCUGGAUGUAAAGCAGAGUUUAUUGAGUCUCCAGUUAGUAGCAUUGUAGUGGAAGAGGACCGCCCCCUCAGUGACCGCGCUCAAGGCUCGACUGGUGACAUCACUCAGAUUCGACCACAGCGCAUUCAGCUGACCUUGAGGCCAGAUGACUCGAAACGUUUUACAGUGACCGUUCGGCAGGUCUCUGAUUACCCUGUAGACCUCUACUACCUGAUGGAUUUGUCCUAUUCUAUGAAAGAUGACUUAAACAGCCUCCGCUCCCUCGGCAGUGCUCUGGCUGAAGCUAUGGGUAGUAAAACUAGUAACCUGCAAAUGGGGUUUGGGGCAUUUGUGGACAAAACACUCUCACCGUACAUGUAUAUGUUUCCAGACGAGGCCAUAAGCAAUCCCUGCCUUGGCAUUGCCACUACCUGCUCACGGCAAUUCGGUUAUAAGAACGUCCUGUCACUUACGGAGCAGGUUACUCGUUUCACAGAGGAAGUGAAAAAACAGGAAGUAUCACGGAACAGAGACUCACCAGAAGGAGGAUUUGAUGCAAUCAUGCAGGCUGUGGUCUGCAAGGAUAAAAUUGGGUGGCGGCCUGAUGCAUCCCACCUCCUGGUGUUCACUACAGAUGCUACAAGCCACAUUGCGCUGGAUGGCAGAAUCGCAGGCCUUGUCCAGCCCAAUGACGGACAAUGUUAUGUUAAUAAUGACAACAUCUAUGCCAAGACUGCUAUCCUGGACUAUCCCUCCAUUGGAAUGCUCACUGACAAACUGGCUGAGAAUAAUAUUAACCUCAUCUUUGCAGUAACUGAGAAUGUGGUACCUCUGUACCUAAAUUACAGUAAGUUGAUUCCUGGUACCACUGUUGGGAAACUGUCUUAUGACUCGAAAAAUGUCAUCGAACUCAUCCUGGAUGCGUAUGCGAAUAUCAGGUCAAAGGCAGAGUUGGAGGUGUUGAAUGUUCCGGAUGAGCUGAGCUUGUCGUUUAAUGCCACAUGCCUCAACGGAGAGUUAGUACCCGGCGUUAGAUCCUGCUCAGGACUUAAAAUAGGAGACACGGUGUCAUUCAGUGUAGAGGCAAAGCUCCGUAGCUGUCCAAAAGUGAAGAGUCAUACAUUCAGCAUCAAACCUCUAGGUUUUAAAGAAACACUCCAGGUGACCGUCAAUUUCGCAUGCAACUGCUCAUGCCAAGAUUCUGCCCAGCCUGCUAGCCCCACCUGUAAUAAUGGCACACUGGAGUGCGGUGUGUGUCGGUGUGACUCAGGACGCCUAGGGCCACAUUGCGAAUGCACCGAGGCCGACUUCAAUCCCAACGACACAGACAGCUGUAAACCCUCCCCUGGUGCAGCUAUCUGCAAUGGACGAGGCGACUGCGUGUGCGGCCAAUGUAGCUGUCACUCAAGAGACUUUGGGAAGGUGUGGGGCAAAUACUGUGAGUGUGACGACUUCAGCUGCAUCCGAUCCAAAGGGCAACUUUGUUCUGGUCAUGGUGAUUGUGUAUGUGGGUUCUGUCAGUGCUAUCCUGGCUGGUCAGGCGAGAGCUGUAAUUGUUCCACAAGGACGGACACUUGCAUGGCCAGCAUUGAUCUGCUGUGUAGCGGCCGUGGUGAGUGUUUGUGCGGUGUGUGUUCAUGCAGCCUGCCUGGAGCAUACGGUGCCACCUGUGAGAAAUGUCCCACCUGCCCCGACUCCUGCACCUUGAAAAAGGACUGUGUGGAGUGUAAGCACUAUAAGAGAGGACCACUGUUUGAGAAGAAAAGCUGCAACACUGCAAUCUGCAGAGAUGAAAUCCAGUUGGUGGAUGAGCUAGCCUUCCAUGAGAAGAGCGCGUUGAACUGCAGCUACAAAGAUGAGGAUGACUGCAUUCAUCACUUCCAGUACUAUGAAGACAUCAGUGGAAAAUCCAUUCUCUACCUCGUUAAAGAACCCGAGUGUCCUAAAGGUCCUGAUAUUCUGGUAGUGGUGGGUUCUGUCAUUGGCUCCAUCUUCUUGCUGGGCUUGGCUGCUCUGCUGGUUUGGAAGCUGCUGGUCAGUAUUCAUGACCGCCGAGAAUUUGCCAAGUUUGAGGAAGAAAGAGCUAAGGCCAAGUGGGAAGCGGGUAAUAACCCAUUGUAUAAAGGAGCUACAACUACUUUUACAAACGUGACGUACAGUGGCAACUCCUAAAGACCCAACACCUUCAUCAACAACAGUCACUUGUCUCAGUGACGGUCACAUAACUUCUCUGGGUAUCACUUCACACUUUCCACCAAUCAUUGAUGUCAGAAUUCUAGCGCUGAUGAGGAGGCAGACAUGUCAGUCCUGUGACUGUGCUAACAGGCAGAAGUGUGCCUGGGAUAUGCAUCUUUGACAAUGAUCUGAACUUUUAAUUCAACAAAAUAAAUCACCUGAAAUAAUAAUAAUAAAUAGUAUUUCAAAUGAAUACAAGGAAAUUGGGGCGAGAUACUGAAAUAAACUUAAAGUCUAUUUUGUGGGAAAUAUUUUUUUGUGUUGGUGUUUAAUAAAAUAAAAACUUGUUUGAAAAUGUAA